AUGUCAGCCGCAAAAUCGCGCUGGGCAGACGAGGACCCAGAGGCCGAUGCGAUCAUUGCCCAGCGCAAGCGCGAGAAGGAGGAGAAACGCCGCGCCAAGGCGGAAAAACAGCGCCAACUCGAGGAGGCCAGCAAAACUUCAGCUCCUACACAGCCAGUGGAUGCUGGCCAAGAGGCCAAUGGGGAGUCAGGACCCCCGAAGAAGCGAAGGAGAUUGUCGAAUGACCCCGACGCGCCCUCCGUGGUAGAUGAGGUUCCGACGAGCGAGGAGGUGAAGAAGCAGUCGAGCUUGUUGAGGUUCCCUGUUGGCGAAUGGGGACCCUGCAGGCAUGUUGACAACUUCGAGCGGUUGAACCAUAUCGAGGAAGGCUCUUAUGGAUGGGUCUCGAGGGCCAAGGAUAUUACAACGGGCGAAAUUGUCGCGCUGAAGAAAUUGAAGCUUGAGAACUCGCCGGACGGGUUCCCAGUGACGGGUCUGAGGGAGAUACAAACGCUGCUAGAGGCGCGACACCAGAAUGUGGUUUAUCUCCGGGAAGUGGUUAUGGGUAACAAGAUGGAUGAUGUCUUCUUGGUGAUGGACUUCCUCGAACACGAUCUCAAAACUCUCCUCGACGAGAUGCGCGAACCCUUCCUCCCAUCUGAGAUCAAGACUCUACUCCUGCAGGUUGUCGGUGGUCUUGAAUUCCUACACUCACAAUGGAUCAUGCACCGCGACCUAAAAACAUCCAAUCUCCUCAUGAAUAACCGGGGCGAGAUUAAGAUUGCCGACUUUGGUAUGGCACGCUACUAUGGUGAUCCGCCACCCAAGUUGACACAGCUCGUCGUGACUCUUUGGUAUCGAUCACCCGAACUGCUGCUGGGCGCGGACAAAUACGGCACGGAGAUCGACAUGUGGAGCAUUGGCUGCAUCUUCGGCGAGCUUCUCACCAAGGAGCCCCUGCUUCAAGGCAAGAACGAAGUUGACCAGGUCUCCAAGAUCUUCGCCUUGACCGGACCUCCCAAUCAACAGAUAUGGCCAGGUUUCCGAUCCCUGCCCAACGCCAAAUCUCUACGUCUCCCCCAGACUUCGGGGGCGCCCGCGGGAAAUCCCCCCUUACUACCUCGUUCCCGAUUCCCCUAUCUCACAAACGCGGGUUUGAACCUGCUGUCCACAUUGUUAGCGCUGAACCCAGCUUCUCGUCCUACUGCACAGCAGUGCCUUGCACACCCAUACUUCCGGGAAGACCCUCGUCCCAAACCGAAGGAGAUGUUCCCGACCUUCCCCUCCAAGGCUGGCAUGGAGAAGCGGAGGCGUCAUCAUACACCCGAGGCCCCCAAACGUGGUCAAGACGCACCGGAGCUGGACUUUGCGGGUGUGUUUGGCGGGGCGCCUGGAGGUGAUACGGGCGAGACUGGCGCUGGCUUUUCACUUCGCCUGGGAUGA